AGAUGAUGAACGUUUUUUUUUUAUUGACGUUUCCUCUAUGAUUGUCUUAAUAUUGCUGGUCUUUUUCAAUUCUCAAGAAAGAAAAAAACGCAAAAGUUCUUAUUUUUACGAGACCCUUUUCGAGAAGAUUUCAUUUGUUUUCCGUUUGGAUCCAAUUUUUUCUUACUGGGAAAAAGUUUUAUUUUUCCUUCCUUGACUGAUCCAAAGUUUCUAUUUUUAUUGUUCUGUUUCUCAGUUUCUUCACGCGUUCUCUCUUAUCUCGUCUUCUUCUCAGUAGCUUCAAACGUUGACCGACUUUGUUCUCUCUCUCUGAUCCAAAUCUCCACAACACGAAGAAGAACCCUGAUCUGCUGCUCCUUAGAGAAAGAUGGGUUCUUUCAAAGGCCAUGCUUUGCCAGGUACAUUGUUCCUUGUGGUUGGAGUAUGGCACAUUUGGAGCUCUGUGGUUCGAUUCAUAUCCAACCCCAACUCAUUUCGUGUUCGAGUUUGGCACCCUGUCCCUGGUUUCAACGACAGGUUCAAGUACUUGGAGCUCUACGUUGUCACCAUUGGCUCGUUCAUUGACUUGUGCAUCGAGUUCUUCUACUCGACUCAUCUCAAGUUCUUUGUCAAUGGUGUACUGAAUCCUUCCCACAUGAACGACUUCGAGCAUUCAGGGAUGCUUCUCAUGUUCUUCAUCCUCGGCCUCAUCGCUUUGCUCUCCGAGAAAACGAGGUUGCUUCCUCUGCCACAAGAAGCUCUGUGCCUAAUCGCUGCAACAGCUUUUACAGCAGAAGGACUUCUCUUCUUCUUCCACUCCACAAGCCACAAAGGUCUUGAAGGUUAUUACCAUCUCCUCCUCGUCUUUCUCAUCGGUCUCUGCGUCAUCUCCUCAAUAGCGGGAGCGAUCUGCCCUACGAGCUUCCCAGUGGAUCUGUGCAGUGGCAUUGCAAUGACUCUUCAAGGACUUUGGUUUUAUCAGACGGCUUUCACUCUCUAUGGCCCUAUGAUGCCUCAAGGCUGCGGUUUGAAAGAGAACUCUAUCGUCUGCAGAUCAGUCGAUUCCGUUGUCUCUGGAGAGUUUCUGGCAAACUUUCAGCUCUUCUCUUUGGUUCUUGCUGUUCUUGUCUGCCUUGUGGGUUCAUAUUUUUUUGCAGCUUCAAGAUUUGGAGUCAGUAGCUAGAUGAGAGAUCUUUAGGGAGUAGAAUCUAUAGAUAUUUUUGUUGUUCGUCUUCUCUUUUUCUUACUGAGUUUUUGUAGCUUGAAGAUUUAAACAAGAAGAAGAUACAUGGCCGGCAUUAACAUAUCUGACUAUGCUACAUAUCUUAAUCUAAUAAAAUGGUUUGGAUAUAUUCU